AUGGCAUACGAAAUGGUCAGCCCGCAGGGCCAAACAAUUGUGCAUCAGCAACAUGUCCCUGCGAGACGAGGCAUGUCACGCUGGUGGCCCGUCUCCUUCUUCAUCGCUGCCAUCAUCUUCUUCAUCAUUGGGGGAGGUCUCAUGGGCGCAUGGGCUGCCAGCUUCGACGGCUACGCCUAUUACACCGACGGCAACUGGUAUGGCGCCAUAGCCUGCUUCGUCAUUGCCAGUCUUCUCAAGUUGACCGCCUGGAUUCUUCUCAUCGUUUGGUGUGUAAAGGGGAGGAACCGGGCCCAGCCAUCGACGACCGUCACCUACGUCAACCCGCCGCCCGUGAACGGCGCUUAUGCCGCGCCGCCGCAGAAUUACUUCCAGCAGCCUUACAAUGAGGAUCCGACAAAGUCGCAGGCUCCUGCUCCGGUCUAUCAGAACGUCGAGCCUGUCCCGAUGCAAUACGGGGAGACGGCGCGCUAUUGCGGCAACUGCGGCAAUGCUACUACAACACCAUUCUGUGCUCAGUGCGGGGGAAAGGUUUUCUGA